AUGUUUCCAAAUGAUAAGAAGAGGAAAUCGGUAAUAGUUGAGGAGAAUGUGAAUGAAUGCACAGUGGUGAAUGUAGAGCAUAUGGAGAGUGGUGAAUGCAAUAACACAGCCAGAUGGCAUGCUGAUUAUAUCCAUAAAUGCCGCUGGAGCCGUUAUAGAGACUAUUUACAUAGUCAUCUAUAUUAUAUAUGCCCCACACCUGCUCGGCGAUUCACGAUCAUAUUGCUCAUCACAAUGAUCGUUGGAUUAUUUGCACCGAUCUUCUUAGCUAUACAAUUUUUUGUAGCUAAGAAGAAUCAUGUCACCUUACUCGGAUGGAUCUGUACAUCCGUUUCGAUUGCUGUUUUCGCGGCACCUCUUAGCGCCGUGAUACAUGUAGUUCGUACGAGGAGAGUGAAGUCCAUGCCGAUAGCUCUUAUUGGCUGUCUCAUUGUCAGUGCCGGAGCGUGGCUUAUCUAUGGUUUUCUCUUGAAGAAUAAUUACAUUUAUCUCCCCAAUGUGAUUGGACUCGCAUUGGGAGCCAUUCAGCUAUCCGUAUAUGGUCACUAUUCUCGUACUGGUCGGCGACAGCCAGAUAUUGAAGUUGUCGAGGAUGUCGAGGAGAUCGUGGAGAUUGCUCCAGAAUCAGACGUUGUGGUUGAAUUAGUGGAGCAACAUGGCCGCCUGGUAGAGGUGGCAGCGAAUCUCAUUUCUUUUUCCAUAUUCCUGGCUCCGGCGUAA